CUCCUCUCUCCUAUCUCGCCGCGCCAUCGGGGAGAGCCCCUCUCCAGGAGUCGGCCGAACACUAGUCACCCAGCGCGCCGCACCUCGUUUCUUCCCCUGAACCACGCAAGCCCUCGGGCGAACAAGGGAUACCGCGAACCGCGAUCCCGUCUCGCUGCCGUCUCGCCCCCCGGGAAGCUCUCGAGAGAGCCCUUCGCCUCGUCACCCCGUCGGCCCCUCCUCGCCGCGUGACGGGAUCGACCGCGGCCCGUCUGCCGUCACCGUCCCGCGGCCGUCCAGAUCCCCCAGCGUCCUGCCACCCUCAGAGCUGUGUUCUUAACUUUGGGCCUCAAGUUUUUGUCUUGAAUGGCAACCUCUUUGGAUGUUCCACUGGAUGAUUUAAUUAAAAGCAGAAAUGGGAGGGGAAGGGGAAGAGGCAGGGGACAAAUAGUGGGUCGAGGCAGAAGUGACGGCCAGAGAUUGAGUCGUGGCACAUGGCGUGGGCGUGGUACUGGCACCUUCCGUGGAAGGGGACUUGGUGUGCCUUCGCGAAGGCCACUUGGUGUUAAUACUCGGUCUUCAUCCUUUGCUAUUGCCAAGUCAUUCAAUAAAGCAAAGGAUUUUGUUUGGAGACAUGAUCUAUUUGAGGAUAGCAUGGUGGCAGCCGGGCUUUCUGGGAUAGAAUCUGGUACAAAACUGUACAUUUCAAACUUGCACUAUGGAGUGACAAGGGAAGAUAUACAGGAGCUUUUUUCAGAAAUGGGUCAUUUGAAGCACUGUGCUGUUCACUACGACAAUAAUAGACACCCAACCGGUUCUGCUGAGGUGAUAUUCACCAGGAGAAGCGAAGCUCUUGCGGCGCUGAAACGAUAUAAUAAUGUGCGCCUUGAUGGGAAGGCAAUGAAGAUUGAAGUGAUAGGAGCAGAUUUAGGUAUAUCUGCAGCUGCCACACCCCGGAUUAGUGUUGUUCCUGGUGCAAGGGGAAGAGGACAGAGAGAAGUUGUAAUGAUGCCUGGUGGAACUGGGUUUGGUCGAGGUGCAGCUGGCUCAUCUAGUUCGCUUCCUGGGUGGAAGCGUGGAGGUUUUGCUCAAAGAGGGGGCGGACAAGUGCGCGGAGGUUUUACCCAAAGAGGGGGAGGACAAGUGCGUGGUCGCGGGCGGGGCCGUGGGCGUAGUAGCUUUGGUCAAGGCCGUGGACGUGGCUAUGUGCGCAAGGGAAACGUGGAGAAAUCAGCUGAACAAUUGGACAAGGAGCUCGACAACUACCAUUCUGGCGCGAUGAAUGUUGACUAAGAUGGUGCAUCCACCAUCCAGUCACCUUGGAGUUUGAUGUAAGUUGAAGAUAAGCUUGGUAUUCUGUCAGGUGUGCGCAUAUCUGGCUGCUUUCAUUGUCUAAGCUGGAAGAUUAGAUUUCACCUGCGAUUUCGUGUUCGAUGUUUGUCCUAUGAUACCGUAAUUGGCUUGUGACAGAAUGAUGAAUCGUGUUUUUCAACUGUUGUGGGGUUUUCUGUUAUUGUUUUCAUAUUUUUCUAUAAUUCCUACUGUUGUAUUGAGUCUGGUAAAAUUUGCUGGAUCUCAGAAUUUGUUAUGGGCAUCAGCCAAAAUGUUUAGAGACAGCUUGAAUGUGUUAUCAAAUGCCUCAGCAGAGUAUGCGGCA